AUGCGUUCUGAUACAGAAUAGACUUAAGAUAGCUGUUAAGUUUGUAAAAAAUAAGAUGUAGAAUUAUCAAGAUGUUCUUAAUGCAAAUCCAUUUAUUAUUGUUCAAUAGAAUGUUAAAAAAAAGACUGGAAAGAUCAUAAAUUUAUCUGUUCUGAAAUAUUGUUAAAAUAAUAGCGAGAAAAAUAAAGAGCAGAGAGAAAAGCAUAAGGAAAGAAAGCAAUUGAAGAUUUUGCAGAUUUUGAAGUUUUAGGUCAUGGAAACUUCUCAGAUAUAUUUAGAGUUCGAGAAAUUGAAACUAAUUAACUCUAUGCAUUAAAAUAGAUUAAUAAAAGAAAAUUAACAUAAGUAAACAAGGAAAAAGAUGUUUAUAUGGAAAAGCAUUGUUUAGGCAAACUUACUGAAAAUCCCUAUGUUAUUAGAUUAUACUCAACAUUUUAAGAUGAUGAAAAUUUAUAUAUGUUAAUGUAAUACAUUGAUGGAGGAGAAUUGUGGUAACAAAUUCAUAAUUUUGGAGCUAGAGCAUUUCCCAUUUGUCUAUACUAUAUUUCAGAAAUUCUAAAAGGUAAAUAUAUUCAAUUUUAAUAAAGCAAUAAAUUCAAUUCAUAAAUAAGGGAUAGUUCAUAGAGAUAUAAAAAGUGAACACAUACUGUUAACUUAAGAUAAAAAAAUAAAGUUUAUAUAUUUUGGAACUGCAAGAGAUAUGAAUGAUCUAACUAUAGAAGGAAGUGGAAAUAGUAGAAAAGGUAAUAGUCAAUAGAUUAUUUGUAUAGGUAAAUAAACUUUUAAACAUUUUGUGGAAACUCCAUAAUUUAUGACUCCUGAAUGA